AUAAGGUUGCGUAAUGUGUAGGCUGCGGGUUCCACGGUGAGCAAUCGCGUUCUCUAUGCUCCUAUGAGAGGGGGAGGUUGACACUGGACAGUUGGACAUAUGGAGAGAGAUGCAGUGGUCGGGAGGAGGGGGGCGUCUCUCUCUGGCUUAGUCCAGUCCUCAUUAGCUCACGCUGGAGCCGGCUGGGCGCAGUAGCACAGAGCAGCGUGCACUCUCCUCUUCCUCCAGUAAUCACCGGUGGACUAUGGACACUUUCCCCGCAGCUCGCACGUCCUAACCGGCGUCGUGCCGCAGAUCGAGGAGCCGCAUGAGCAAGCAGAAGCCCAGAAUGAGGAUGGUGUAACCGCAAGAGGCACUUCUCACUACUCAGGCCAUGGCUUCCAUGCCACUCCUUUUUGUAAGCUUCCUUAUCUCCUCCCUCCAUCCAUGUGAUGCCCAGGUCAUCAUUGGCACAUCGCCCUCCUUCUCUCCUCUGGAUCUUCCUAAAGAAUCUCUACCUACAAAGCAGACAGAUAGAUCCUGGUCGUCUUUCCCUCCCACGGUGCACAGUCCUGUGCCAGCUAAGGUUACAGCGUGGAAUUGGCUGACAAUAACAAAUGCAGCACAGCAAGGGUCAAGGAUACACUCUGCUCCCUCUACUAUGUCGACUCUUUCUUCUCAGACGCUUAGCCGUGGGACAAACAUCAGUCGACCAAGCGUUACCGGGCCCAGGAUGGGAUCAACUAGCCCGUCACUUAGUGGGACUUUGCAUAAGGAAAAAGCCUUGACGACAUCUGUGCUCCCUUUACCCUCUGGCGACAAACCGGUGACAGCUAGCAGUCUACUUAAAGAGGCAAGGGAUUUGCAGGGACUUGGAUCAGGUAGUACAAUGCUGAUGCUCGAAAAAGAAGAACUCCUCACUCCUAUGCCAAUGACUACUGAUAAAAUGGCACAGUAUCAACCUCAAGCACAGACUAAAAUAGCUGUUGUGCACAAUUCAUCAGUGGACACUCAGACUGCCAUGCCUCAAGUGUUGGCACUGACGACACAAACUGUAUCACGAGCCAUGCCGUCUCCCAUAGUAACACAAGCCACACCUCCUGCUGAUGUAUUAACAGGUGAAUUGACACCUCCCACUGACAGAAAACAUGAGUCAGGGGUUGCAGUGACUUUAAGCAGACCUUCCACCACAGCCACAGUCGGCUCCAUUGGAAAACAACCACAGACUCCUAGACCGCCAGUUACCAAUCGAAGCAAGCAGAUUUCUCUUUCAAAGAUCGUGACAGAGAAAGUAGCUGCAACAACUGCAGCUAGUCUGCUUAUAACUACUGGAUUGGAUGAGAAAACACCAACCAAAGCAAAAAACAAACCAUACAAAACUGCACAUCCGGAAAGAAACACAACAAGGACAACUGUGCAACCAACACCAACAGUGAGUUCAUCUUUCCUGAACACCAGUGUUACACCAGUCGCCUAUACAAGCUUUAUUGAUCAGAAGAACCAUUCCAUUUUGUCAGCGGAUCCUCACCAAGCUUCUAAGCCGUCCCCUUCUCCCAGCUCUGAGCCCGCCCCAAAUGGAAGCCUUACCCACUGGGGUGACCUGAACAGGAGUCUGACUUUUGCAUGGGAGCUGCAUGUCUACGGGUCAGCAAGCCUUUUCCUGCUCUUGUUUGCCGGAUCUGCUCUCGGGCUCAUGUUGUCCCCGAGUUCAAACUGUCCUCAUCGGGGGGCUCUUGCUCUCGCCAAUGCCCUGUUGUUUCUAGUUGGAGGACUUAGAGCAUCUCUUUUUCUGAUUGAUCCCUAUGGGACACAGAAGAUCCUUCCUCAUUCGGCAGUUGCAGCCAUUUACAACUUGCCACUACACUUGCUGGUGUGGACGCAGGCUGCCUUGGCCCUGCUGGCCUUGAGGGUGGCUGGAGUGACAGUUUUACCUUCAACGUUGGAGCGUCCUCCCCUGGUGGCUGUAUUGGCUGUGCUGCAGUGCACUCUGCUGCUGGCUGCAGAUCUGCUUUCGCCAGCCCUGUCGCCUGUGGUGCCUGUCACCCUGCAGGUUCUCUCCCUGUGCUGGGGUCUGGGUCUCUGUCUAGGAUUCCUCUUCUAUCUGUUUCCACAUAUACGAUGCCCUCCCAUUCCUCACCCUGGAAUCGCCGACGAAGCCAGGAGAAAGGGUUGGACGGGGAGCAGGAGGGAACGGGUGAUUUUUGGAAAGGUGCUGGCAGUUUGUGCCGUUGUUGGAGCGCUGUGCUGUGGGCUACAUAUUCAUGCCACCCUUUGGCUCUAUGGACUUCUAGGGGACUGGAUGAGCUUCAAUUGGGGCUGGUGGCUAGUUCAUUUCUGGGACAGACUCCUGGAGCUGACCUGGGGAUUAUGCCUCCUUUUCUUGGCUUCAUGGGUGUUCUGGAGGCCUCAGUGUUGCAGAGGAAGCGAUGACGGGAGAGCAGGAGAUGGAAGAACAGCAGGAGACAUGCCAUCCCCUGGCCAAUCUGGAGGCUCCUCUCAUAGGCACACGUGCUGGUCAAAGAUAGUUCAGAGUCUGACAGGGAAACCUUGCAGAAAAUCUGAUAGUAGCGGAGUUGGAGGAGGAGGUCAAGCAGAGAUGCCAAACAAUUGGGCUGGCCAAGAACGUUCUGGAGUUGACAUCACAAAGAGUCUUAUCAGGAACCAUAAUCAUGAUCAAACAGCUGCCCAACCGCAGUGCGUCAAAGACAGCAACCGAGUAUGCAACCACAGGGGCACUUCUGCAGAGCGUGGUAUAUCUGACGGCUCAGCAGGUUCACUGCUCAGACUCCAGGCACUAGGACUGACACCACAGCGCUCAGUCAGUGGAAGUCUGGAUCCGGAUAGGGACACGUCUCUCUCUAUGUGUGAGUUUGAUCUCCGGCCCCCAUCUCCCAUUAACCUCACCCGCAGCAUCGAUGAAGCGCUGCACCGAGAGCACCUGCUCGAAGGUGGUAGCUUGUUCCAUUCUUUUAACCAAAAUUCGCAAUCCCUCUCCCCUGGAUCAGGAGUCAGUCCGGGGCCUUGGCUGCGCAGGAACAGUGACCCUCAGUUUUCUGAGAGCAGUGAGGCGCCUACUGAGUCCUCCAUGCCUCUGGGGGGCAGCAUUCUCAGCAGUGUGCCCAGCAGGCAGGUGACUGCUCCACCCACACCGUCCCACCAGGGUCACAGGUGGGCCGGUAACGAGGCAGGAAACGUCCCCUCGUCGGUGUCCUGCCCCGUCUCACUUCACCCCUCUAGAACAUCAACGGGACAUCUGGGGGAGGAUGGAGUUGAUGACACACGACCUUUCAUCACACCAGACUCUGACCGGGGUCGGGGGAGGGCUGCAAGGCCCGUCGGUUCACGCAGUUACCUGGAGGUCAGCCGACAUGACGACUCUGCCAGUGUGAGCAGUGAAAUUAUUGACUUAUGAACCAAGUCUUACACAUGAGAACCAAGGACCUGCACACAUCAAAAUUUGUCAGCUACAAAGAAAAACAAUCAUUUGAAUUGUAACUAUAAAACAUCCAUCCAUGCAUCCAAUUUCUCUAGUGCUUGUUCUCACUUGGGUAACUGGUGAACUGGAGGCUAUCCCAGCUGGUUGGUCGCCAGCCAUUUGCAAGGGAUAUAUAAAAAAAACAAGCAUUCACACUCACACCUAUAGGCAAUUUAGAGUCUUCAAUAAACCGAAAGUAUGUUUGUAGAAUGUGGGCGAAAACCCACAUCAACACGGGAAGACCAAAAAAAGUCUACAUAGGAAGGCUGGAGCAGAGAUUCAAACCCCGGACCUCAGAACUGUGAGGCAGAGUUGCUAACCACUAGCUCACCGUGCUAUCAAACUAUAAAAGAGAGUCACCUACAGCGGUGCCGUGAAAUACAAAUGUAAUUUGUUCCGUGACUAUGCUCGUAUCUCAAAACAGAUAUCUCAGAUAUCAAAUCUUUCCCCAUUGAAAUGGAUAGAAAUGCAUUUAAUCUGUUCCAGCCCCCACAGAAAACACCCAAAAUUUCUUCUGGCCAUGUCUUUUCAUCAGAAAAAUUGCAUUCAACAGUAUUGUACUAUAUAAAAACACACAGUAGGCCUCAUAACAUUUGCUCUCCACAUAACCUGAAAACACAGAAAAUGCAAGCACAAAACACAACUUUUCCCUUUUCUUCUUUCUUCUUCUUCUGUGGAGUCUAUUGGGACUUAGCAAACCACAUUACAGCCACCAAAUGACAUUGUCCUUCCAUUGCAAGGAAACCAAACACAGGUGUGUGUGUGUGCAUGUGUAUGUAUAUGUAUGUGUAUAUAUAUAUAUAUAUAUAUAUAUAUAUAUAUAUAUAUAUAUAUAUAUAUAUAUAUAUAUACACACAUGCAUACAUACACACAUAUACAUACACACACAUGAGGACAGGCCCAUAACAGAGCCGUUAGGAACCACCCCUGGGGCCUUGCCACCGAGGAGCUUUUUAACCACCUUGCCCAGAGAUAGGAGAACCCACCUCAGAGACCCCAGACUCUGCUUCCUCAUGGGAAGGCGUGUCGGUGGAAUUGAGGAGGUUUUCGAAGUAUUCUCCCCACCGCCUCACAACGUCCCGAAUCGAAGUCAGCAGUGCCCCAUCCUCACUAUACACAGUGUUGAUGGUGCACUGCUUCCCCCUCUUGAGCCGCCGGAUGAUGAACCAGAAUUUCCUCGAAGCCAUUUGGAACUCCUCACCGAACUCCUCCCACGUCCGAGUUUUUGCCUCACCGACCACCAAAGCUGAAUUCCGCUUGGCCAGCCGGUAUCCAUCAGCUGCCUCAGGAGUCCCACAGGCCAAAAAGGCCCGAUAGGACUCCUUCUUCAGCUCGACGGCAGCCCUCACCGCUGGUGUCCACCAACGGGUUUGGGGAUUUCCGCCACGACUGGCACCAACUACCUUACGGCCACAGCUCCGGUCGGCCGCCUCGGCAAUGGAGGCGCGGAACAUGGUCCACUCUGACUCAAUAUCCCCCGCCUCCCCCGAGACGUGGGUAAAGUUCUGGCAGAGGUGGGAGUUGAAACACCUUCAGACAGGGGAUUCUGCCAGACAUUCCCAGCAGACCCUCACAAUACGUUUGGGCCUGCCAGGUCAGAUCGGCAUCUUCCCCCACCAUCGGAGCCAACUCACUACCAGGUGGUGAUCAGUUGACAGCUCCGCCCCUCUCUUCACCCGGGUGUCCAAGACAUGCUGCUGAAAGUCCGAUGACAUGACCACAAAGUCGAUCAUCGAACUGCGACCUAAGAUGUCCUGUUGCCAAGUGCACGUAUGGACACCCUUAUGCUUGAACAUGGUGUUCGUUAUGGACAAUCCGUAGUGAGCACAGAAGUCCAAUAACAGAACACCACUCUGGUUCUGAUCGGGGGGGGGGGGGGGGGCUGUUCCUCCCAAUCACGCGCUUCCAGGUCUCACAGACAUUGCCCACGUGAGCAUUGAAGUCCCCCAGCAGAACGAUGGAGUACCCAGCAUGAGCGCUCCCCAACACCCCCUCCAAGGACUCCAAAAAGGGUGGGUACUCUGAACUGGUGUUUGGUGCAUAGGCAUGUGGGGGUCUGUUGGGUCAUAAAACCAGUCAGUAUCUGGUGUGGUUUGGUGCAUAGGCACAAACACCAGUCAGGACCCGUCCUCCCACCCGAAGGCGGAGGGAGGCUACCCUCUCGUCCACCGGGGUGAACCCCAAUGUACACGCGCCGAGUAUACCCGCACCUGCUCAGCGCCUCUCACCAUGGGCAACUCCAGAGUGGAAGAGCGUCCAACCCCUCUCAAGAGGACUGGUAGCAGAGCCCAAGCCGUGUGUGGAGGCGAGCCCGACUAUAUCUAGUCGGAACUUCUCAACCUCACACACCUGCUCAGGCUCCUUCCCUGCCAGAGAGGUGACAUGCCAGGCCCAUAGAACCAGUUUCUAUAGCCGGGGAUCGGAUCGCCAAGGUCCCCGCCUUCAGCCACCGCCCAGCUCACACUGCACCCGACCCCUAGGCCCCCUUCCACAGGCGGUGAGCCCACGGGAAGGGGGACUAACGUUACCCUUUCUGACUGUGCCCGGCCACCAGGCACUGUCCUUCGAGCAGCACCUCCAGGCCUGGCUCCAGAGGGGGGCCCCGGUGACCCACGUCCGGGCAAGGGAAACUUAUGUCCAUUUAUUUUGUUCGUCAUAGGGGGUUUUGGAGCCGUGCUUUGUCUGGUCCCUCACCUAGGACCUGUUUGCCAUGGGUGACCCUACCAGGGGUGUGAAGCCCCAGACAACUUAGCUCCUAGGAUCAUUGGGACACACAAACCCCUCCACCACGAUAAGGUUACGGCUCAAGGAGGGGGAUAUAUAUAUAUAACAAAAACAAUAUAAAAACAACACUUUUGUUUUUGCUCCCAUUUUUCAUGGGCUAGACUCUAAGAUCCAAAACUUUUUCUACAUACACAAAAGGCCAUUUCCCUCAAAUAUUGUUCACAAACCUGUCUAAAUCUGUGUUAGUGAGCAUUUCUCCUUUGUCGAGAUAAUCCAUCCAACCUCACAGGUGUGGCAUAUCAAGAUGCUGAUUAGACAGCAUGAUUAUUGCACAAGUGUACCUUAGGCUGGCAGCAAUAAAAGGCCACUCUGAAAUUUGCAGUUUUGCUUUAUUGUGGGGGUCUGUUGGGUCAUAAAACCAGUCAGUAUCUGGUGUGACCACCAUUUGCCUCACGCAGUGCAACACAUCUCCUUCGCAUAGAGUUGAUCAGGUUGUUGAUUGUGGCCUGUGGAAUUUUGGUCCACUCCUGUUCAAUGGAUGUGCGAAGUUGCUGGAUAUUGGCAGGAACUCAAUCGAAAGGGUUUUUUUGCUGACUGUGCCAUAUUGUUAUUUUGAUGGAAGGCCUUUCUCAGCUGCGCUAAGGAUUGAAAUAACACGCAGGUCUUGCAAAAGCAGUUAGAUUUCCUUUUUAUUUUGCUGGAUAUUGGCAGGAACUGAAGUCGUUUACAAUGACGAACUCCAGUCAGGUCGAGACACCGAUGAGGACGACGAGCAUGCAGAUGAGCUUCCCUGAGACAGUUUCUGACAGUUUGUGCAGAGAUUCUUUGGUUAUGCAAACCGAUUGUUGCAGCAGCUGUCCGGGUGGCUGGUCUCAAACGAUCUUGGAGGUGAACAUGCUGGAUGUGGAGGUCCUGUGCUGGUGUGGUUACACGUGGUCUGCGGUUGUGAGGCCGGUUGGAUGUACUGCCAAAAUGUCUGAAAUGCCUUUGGAGACGGCUUAUGGGAGAGAAAUGAACAUUCAAUUCACGGGCAACAGCUCUGGUGGACAUUCCUGCAGUCAGCAUGCCAAUUGCACACUCCCUCAGAACUUGUGACAUCUGUGGCAUUGUGCUGUGUGAUAAAACUGCACAUUUCAGAGUGGCCUUUUAUUGUGGCCAGCCUAUGGCACACCUGUGUAAUAAUCAUGCUGUCUAAUCAGCGUCUUGAUAUGCCACACCUGUGAGGUGGGAUGGAUUAUCUCGCCAAAGGGGAAAUGCUCACUAACACAGAUUUAGACAGAUUUAUGAAGAAAAAUGGGAGCAAAAACAAAAGGGUUGCAUUUAUAUUUUUUCCUGUAUGGAACAUGCAUACUUUCCACUCCUAAGAAUGGUUCCUCAGUGGGUCUCUACUGAUUUGUAAUGCGUGGCUCAUUAAGCUUCCAAUUGAAAUAGAUUUAGAUCAUCUAAUCGUUGUCUGGAAACAUUGCUAAAUAUAAUUGUUACGGAUGGAAGACAAGCUGUGCUCUUGUAGGUCCCCUAGCUUUUACCUCUGUGUGCAUAUCAACAAUAGUCAUUUCAUUUCAUAUGGACCUGGGAAUUUUCAUUUCAAUUUUCCUUUGUCAUGUAAAAUGUGCCAUAUAUUAUUUUGCUUUGUUCUGUGCUGGUAAUCGUUCUGUAAACCCACAGCCUAUCAUCUUGAACAUGGUGACUCAACUAUUUUUAAGCUCUUAAUAUGCUACCGCUCUCCUGGCUGCUUUGGAACUGACAACAUAUAGAAGUAGUAAACAACUACCACAGUUGCAUCUGCUAUAACAGGUAGAACAGGCAGUACAUGCUUACAUGCUAAUUGUAGACUAUUAUCAUUACUGGGUGAUGUCAAUGCCGGUGAUUGCAUUUUAGGUUAGGAAUAUUGAAUUUCAACCUGACACAGGUUUCCAGGACGGAACCAGUCAAAAAUAUAAAAUAAUAAUCUGGUUUGCCAUGAACCCACUAACGCAGCACUUCAUUUUUCAUCAAAGCACUAGACUGAAGUAUUUUACUACUCAAGAUAAAAGUAUCUUUUGAAUAUAUUAUAUAGAUGCAGCAAUGUAAAUAUUAUUAUUAUUUUUGUUAAAUAAAGAUAUAUUUGAAACAUAGUCAUAUUUGUCACUGUGAAAGACAAUCGAAAGUGUUUUUUGCUGACUGCGCUGUAUUGUUAUUUUGAUAGAAGGACCUUCUCAGCUGCGCUAAGGAUUGAAAUAUCAAGCAGGUAUUGCAAAAAUACUUAGAUUUCCUUUUUAUUUUGCUGGAUGAAAACCAAGUAUUUUUAAUUGAAAAUACUCAAAAGUGUACAGAAAGGAGCUUGAUUGACCAUGUACAAUUGGGAUGUUGCAACAAAAAACAUACAUAAAAUAAAUAUAUGUUUUAGUUUAUUGGAAUAUUAUCAUUUCAGGGAUGAUUUCCGGAAAUGGCCAAUGCCUUUAUUCACGUAACAGAUCAUGACAAGCUGACAUCCAGUUCUUCCAGUGAUGCUUAAAUUGUUUAGUCUUUUUAGUCCAAGGGUCUUGUGUUGUGGUCUACAUUCCAAUGGGUUUUUAAGAUGUUGCUGUCUUGCUGUUUGCUGUUCUUUUUCUUCCAGACUAGAGUGGAAGCAUUAAAUGUAUUCAGUGUUGCCCACUCUGAAAAGCAUAUGUGCCAUAGAAAAUUAAUCCAUGUGCCCGCCCCAGUGUGUAGUUACAUUGCAGACAUUCAGUAUUAGAUCUGUUUAUUUGGACUAUCUAUCAUUUGUUCUUUCAUUUCGUGGAAUUUCAUGUCUAGAUUCAAAUAAAAAUUACAACAUGAAAUGAUCACAA